CUUUGCAAACGACGAUUACUCCGAUACAAUUCUCGAGUCAUCGUCGUUUGCAACAAUCUUCAUGGACAUGAAGAAGAUUGUUUGUGCAGUCCUCGUGGCCGCCGCCUCGAUGAGCGCAGUGCUCGCCUCCGAUGACAUGUAUGCACCUGCGCCCGCCCCAGCCCACAAUGCUGCCGCUAGCUUGCCGGUUGCCGGGUCUUUGGUUGGGGCAUCAGUCUUAUCUUUUUUCGCCUUUUAUUUACAGUAGAAGAAAUAUAUAUGUACGAAGAUGAUGAAGAAAGAAAGACCUCUGCAUACGAGGAAUAAGAUUUAUGAAUGAUUGUAUUUUUUAAGGUUUUUCUUUUUUAUCAUUUUUAUUACUUUCUCUUAAUAUUUUCUCCUAUAUAAAGUUAUCACUUAUUACU